AUGGCUGAAUGUGGGGGCUCCAUGAUGGCUGACAGUGAGGCCCUGGUGCAUGCGAGGAUCACUCUCCUGCUGCUCUGGCUGAGGGUGUUUCUGUUCCUUUCUGCAUGGUCCCAGGUUGGGCUCUCCCAACGCCAUGGUCCCCCAGAAGUGGUAAUCCCCUUGAAGGUAACAGGCACUAGUGUUGGCAUGAAUCCUUUAGGCUGGCUCUCUUACAGCCUACAUUUUGGGGGCCACAGACACAUUGUCCACAUGAAGGUCACGAAGCAUUUUCUGUCCAGACACCUCCCAGUGUUCACCUAUACAGACCAGGGUGCUCUCCUUGAGGACCAGCCUUUUGUCCAGAAUGACUGCUACUACCAUGGUUAUGUGGAGGGGGACCCAGAAUCCCUGGUUUCCCUCAAUACCUGUUUUGGAGGCUUUCAAGGAAUAUUACAGACAAAUGACAUUGUUUAUAAAAUCAAGCCCCAAAGGCUUUCUACCACAUUUGAACAUCUAGUAUAUAUGAUGGGCAGUGAGGAAACAGAAUCCCCACCCAUAAGAUGUGGAUUAACAAAUGAAGAAAUAGCACGACAACUGAAGUUUCAAGAGAGUGAUAAUUCCACUUUAAUGCAAACGACGUAUGAAGGCUGGUGGAUCCACAGGCGGUAUCUUGAAUAUGUAUCGGUGAUAGACAAUAGCCAAUAUACUCAUCGCCGAAGGAAUGUCUCGCUUGUGCAGCAGGACGUAUGUACUAUAGUCCAUCUGAUGGAUAGCAUUUAUGACCAACUGGGAAUGGAUGUGAUUUUAGUUGGAAUAGAUAUCUGGACUAAUGAAGACCACAUUGCACUAAGUGAUGUACGUAGCACUCUGGAUACUUUUUGUCCUUGGAAGAGCGAGAACUUGAAUACACGCUUGCCCCAUGAUGCUACACAACUUUUCUCAAGGGCUGCACAUGGUGGUACUGGCUUCUCCCACGUGGAAACAAUAUGCUCUGGUACUCUUGAUUGUGGAGUUGUGGCUUUCAGAACUGACGAUAUACAGUACUUUGCAACGAUGGCAGCACAUGAGCUCGGUCAUCUUUUGGGUAUGCACCAUGAUGAUACGACGUGCAAGUGUGGGUUUACAAACUGCCUAAUGGCUGAUACACAAACAGUGACACCUAAAUUCAGCAACUGCAGUUAUAAUAGAUUUUUCGGCGUUGUAGCAUAUAGAAGAUGUAUGGAAUUUUCACCAAACCCAGAUAGGUUCUUUGCCCAGAAACGCUGUGGGAACAGUGUGGUUGAAGCAGGAGAAAAAUGUGAUUGUGGCUCCUUAGCAUUGUGUGCAAAAGAUCCGUGUUGUGACUCAAACUGCACUCUGAGUCGUGGCGCUGCUUGUGCUUUUGGGCUUUGUUGCAGAGACUGCACGUACAUGCCAUCAGGCACCAUGUGUAGAAAAGAGGAAAAUGAAUGUGAUCUUCCAGAGUGGUGCAAUGGGACAUCCUCUGAGUGUCCAGAAGAUGUGUACGUACAGGACGGGUUGCCAUGCAAGGGCGGUGGCCACUGCUAUGAAAAGAGAUGCAAUAAUCGUGAUGAACAGUGUAGAAAACUCUUUGGCAAAUUGUCCAGGAGUGGACCUCAGAGUUGCUACCAGCAAGUGAACACCCGAGGUGACCGUUUUGGUAACUGUGGUAUAACGGCCUAUUCAUAUACAAGAUGUAACAUCUCAGAUGCCCUAUGCGGGAGGGUUCAGUGUGAGUAUGUGGCAGGUAUUCCUACUCUGAAAGACCAUUCUACUUUGCUUUCAUCUCACAUCAAUGGCAUCACCUGCUGGGGUACAGACUACCAUCUUGGAAUUACCACACCCGAUGUUGGUGAAGUGAAAGAUGGUACAGAUUGUGGUACAGAUCAUAUCUGCAUCCGAAGGAAGUGUGUCCAUAUAUCACAUUUGGACAGUCAGUGUACACCUCGGUUCUGCAAUUUGAAAGGAGUCUGCAACAAUAGACACCACUGCCAUUGCAACGUUGAGUGGGAACCUCCCACCUGCAGGGAGGAAGGCAGUGGAGGUAGUCUUGAUAGUGGCCCACCCCCUCAGAGAAAAUACAAGUACUCUGCAAAUGACACGUCUCCUCUGCCAGAUGGCUUUCUGCCAUCAGGGGGUGCUCAAGAGCUACUGGAAGGUGGUAGUGGGAGAAGGCACCUGUUUCUUCCUGUGCUUGCUGCUCCUGUGACCAUCAUUCUAACAAUGGCCCUCAGUCCUGUGAGUGGUAAUUGGUUCCAGCAGUAG